AUGCGCUCCACCACCCUUCUCCAAACCCUCUUCCUCGCCGCCACUACCACCUUCGCCGCCUCCGAGACCAGCGUCUCCAACAACUGCUCCUUCCCAAUCUACUACUUCCCCGUCGACUCCACCGGACCCACCGCCGCCCAAAUCAUCGGCCCCGGCGGAUACAUCAUGCAGCCCCAAUGGUUCGACGGCAAAACGGGCACCGCGCUGAAAAUCACCAAGACGCCCGACGGCCUGUGGACCGGCAAGCCUGUUCUCAACUUCGGGUACACGGUCAAGGACGGCGCGACGUGGUAUGAUAUCAGCACGAUUAACGGGUUUGACUUUGGGGGAGAGAAGAUUACGCUCGAGGGGAAUAAGGAGGGCGCGGAGAGGAUCGAGUGGGAUGGAGCGCCGGGGCCGGUUAAGAUUGCGCAUUAUGCCGGCGAGUUGGAUUUGGUGCUGGAGAUUUGUGCUUAG